AUGCCAGCAGACGCACAAUCCUUGGAGCUAUCUUAUACCCAUUUCGCACUCAUAUAUAUCGACGCAAACGGCAUAAUUUGUCUACGAGUCUCAGACUCUAUCGCAAACAGUUGGCAGGAGAUACUAUCCACACAGGUGACGGAUGCAUUCCUGAGAGCUGUGGGUAUGUCAAUAAAGACUUGCUCCUCAAAUUAUCAAGGCGAACAAGGCAUGCCGGUAUCCCCAAACCAAGCACCUGCAGCAAUUGCCAAAACCACACAUUCAUCACAUAUGACUCAGGAACACUAUGUUGGGACGAGGUUUGGGGGUGAGGCACGCAUGCAAAAGCCUUUCCCAGUGGCAACUUGUUUUCGGCCUCUGGUCCGGCCUAUCUGCAGACAGACUUGGCCCUGCUGGUCCACUGAAGAUCCCUCACGUCACUGGAAGGAGCUUUGCGAAAAGGAUUUCAACAUGAUUAGCGACAAGAAAGCUAUGGUAUCCGUCAAAGACCGUGAUAUAUUGGCCUUAUAUUACAUGAAGGCCUUCGAGGAUCUGCAACAGACAAAUUGUCGAAUCCUUGCGAAAGCCUAUAUCAAGCUGGUGGAGCCUCGGAAGCAGGUGAACUAUCCAUAUAAUGGACGAAAGAUUGUUGCAAUGGCUCCAAGGCAGUUUGAUCCUGAGAUGACUAAACCACCGUGGUGGCCUUCUGGAGUAAGCCAUCGAGAGCCAGACCAUCUCGCUAAAGUUGAACGCAUUCAGCUUCUGGUUCACAUCCUUCGCGAGCUGCGCACCAGCCAUGGGAUUUCGGUCGCAAAACUACAAGGAGCUGAUCAGCCUAUUCGCCAUUUGAUAUCCCCACCUGAGCGAUUACAUAUUCUCGACGAGCUGUAUCAAGUCAGGCACCAAGAAGAGAAGUCCUUAGAAGGAUCAACUGAUGGACAAACCAUAGCGUGUAUCUCUCUUGUAAAUCGUCCAAAACCAGCGGAGACAAAUGCUAGCUGCGCAGACAGCAGCGGAAACAGCACACCAGGUAAUCCGGCCACAAUUCAAGACUCUGAGCCUUUUGUAGGCUGCUCGAGAUACGUCUCUACCUUGAAUGCGCCCGAUAGACAGUUCUCCACCAGUUCAUCGUCGAGCGCCCGCCCAAGCCAAACCACAGAUGUCAAGCCCGAACGACAGUUUGUCGAACAUCAACCAAGCUUUGACACUAUGUGUGUCCCUCCACAUGUUCUGAAGAGGAAACGUGGCUCCUUUGAGACCUACCCGGUUCAUACAAGAAGCCCUUCCAGCCUUGCGCACGAUUCUCCACCUUCUCCAAAUACUAGUAAGCCAGUGUUUGGCACUUCUUACCACCUUCAGUAUCCGGAAGCUUUUGUAAUGAGGUCUUCAACCACAGAUCUGUCAUGA